CAGCGGGAAAGGCAGUAGUUAUGUAACAGGGAGCCUGUGAUCUAGCAGCCCCAUCGUACGAUGCAAUGCCGUAUGACGCCACAUCCCCCGGCAAAGGAGGCGUUGCCCCUAUCGCCCAAGCGUUACUUUCUCGCAGACGCCGGCAAAGCUGCAGACGAGGACAUAACGUUUGGCGCAUCCUCAUUCCUGAUACCUCUCUGGCGUUAUUCCUCUCAUCCUCAUAUUACUUUCAUUUGCACGUAUCUCGACACUGUGAAUAUACAGCACAGAACACCUCUUAAUAAAAUAUGAUCAAGAACGGUCACCACACGGCGAACCAGCAGGGGAAAGAGGCAGGAGCUGCCCCAGCAAGCACGACUUGUAGUCCCGAGAAACGAAGGCGAACCAUCCGUGUGUGGUGCGACGGAUGCUAUGACAUGGUGCACUAUGGGCACUCCAACCAGCUGCGUCAGGCCAAGGCCAUGGGCGAUUACCUCAUUGUGGGAGUCCAUACCGACGAAGAGAUCUCUAAGCACAAGGGUCCCCCGGUUUUCACUCAGGCUGAACGCUAUAAGAUGGUCCGUGCCAUCAAGUGGGUGGACGAAAUUGUGGAAGAGGCGCCGUACGUCACCACGCUGGAGACGCUGGACAAGUACACCUGUGACUUCUGCGUCCAUGGAGAUGACAUCACGUUAACGAUGGAUGGGAAGGAUACGUACGAUGAGGUGAAGAGGUCAGGCAGAUACAGGGAGUGCAAAAGGACACAGGGUGUGUCCACCACCGAUCUGGUUGGCCGAAUGCUCCUGAUGACCAAAGCACACCACAGCAACAUCGGAAACUCAGACUACCAGCAAUAUACUGACAACUUUGGAAAGCAGGGUCCCCAGUGCCACAGUCCCUGGACGGGUGUGUCCCAGUUCCUCCAGACGUCACGCAAGAUCAUCCAGUUUGCCUCUGGGAAGGAGCCGCAGCCUGGAGACACCAUCAUCUACGUGGCCGGCGCUUUUGACCUCUUCCAUAUUGGCCACGUGGACUUCCUGGAGGCUGCGCACAAGCAGUCGGACAAGCCUUACAUCAUCGUGGGUCUGCACUUCGACCAGGAGGUGAACCGCUACAAAGGAAAGAACUAUCCCAUCAUGAACAUCCACGAGAGGACGCUGAGCGUGCUGGCCUGCAGGUACGUCUCCGAGGUCGUGAUCGGGGCGCCCUACGCAGUCACACGGGACCUGCUGGAUCAUUUCAAGGUGGACCUGGUGUGUCACGGGAAGACGGAGGUGUUUCCUGACAAGGACGGCUCUGAUCCGUAUGCUGAACCAAAGAAGAGAGGUAUCCUUCGCACGGUAGACAGUGGAAACAGCCUCACCACUGAUGACAUCGUGCAGAGAAUCAUCAAGAACAGGCUGCAGUUCGAGGCCAGGAACCAGAAGAAGGAAGCAAAGGAGAUGGCGGUGAUUCAGGCCAUGAAACGGCGCGAGGAAGAGAAGAUGAAGGACCGUGAGCGGGCGCGGGCGGUGCAGUAGGAGGCAGCCAGAGCUCUGAAGGGCAAACAUAACUACGCGCACCACCCACUGACCCCCCUCGCCCACCCCCGAGACAGGAGGCUUCUCCUCAGCCCUGCUCCUCGACUCACCGCAUGGGUCGUUCAUGCAGCCUCAUUCCCCUGCUGUUGUAAGUUGUUCACACAGACCGGCCUCCUGUUCCUACCCACACAGCCCCCACUUCCCUGAGUCCUGGGGCAUUCGUAUCAUGGCUGCCGCACCUAAUUCAAGAAAGGUCUUCAGAUCAAGUCCAGUUUAAGGGUAGAACUUGGAAGACUGCUGGUGUUUCAGAAUGGUCUUCUGUGCUUAAGAGAAUGAUAUGGACUCAUCGGCAUCAUGGCUGGAGGGAUAGCCCUCCCCCCGCUCUCAAAAAACUUUUGUAUCAAACUAGCUGUAAAAUAAGCGAGAUGAUUCAAAGUUCAGUUGAGAAGAAAUUAGCACUAAACACAUUUAGUAUUGAGCAAGAUAAACAAACAUACAAGGUACAUCAAUGUGAAUAAGCGAAGUAUGAUCUAUUUUUUUUUUUUACUUACGACGGUUUUUAAAAGUCUUUAAUAUUGAGCUGCGUGCCUGUCGGUGAUACCGAUUUAUAGAACAUAAGGAAAUGGGCGAGCAGAGUGUGUCGUUAGCUGAAACUGAGCAGCGAUCUGCAUACAGCAUUUUACUCACUACGCAUCAGCUUACAUGGAAUAACUUUUCGUUCCUUUUUUACAGAAACAUCCUGUGCGCAUUUACGCUACGUCAAGGGUGUGAAUGAGUGAGACUCAAGCUGUAGGUGUAAGACAGGGGUAUUUAGUCACUCUCUAUGAGGGUAAUAGUGUCAGAAAGUUUCCAUUGUGUCCAAACAUUCAUUUUAAUGCAUCUCAAUAUAUUCAAAAGCUACUGGCCACAACCUGUUUCACACCAGCAAAAUCCAAAAGAUUUUUUUAACCAAAACAUAUGAUGUUCAAUGAACAUUUAUCCCAUAGGACAAAUCAAUAAAUGCAGACUCUCUUCCCCCGUAUAGCGUAAUUGAACAGGUCCGGUUUUAAAACCUGGGGCCUAGGCUAUGGGUAGCACUUUAUAUCCCCCUGUAUCCUUAGCCACCACUAGAGGGCGUUAUUUGUCAUCAAGCGUAGUUCAGGAUUGUUGUAUGAUGUGCUUACGUACAGAGGCCUGAAGUAUUGCAUCGAUCACGGUCUGUCAAAAGCUGAAUUCUUUUCAACUUUUGAUAUAGUUAAAACGACAUCCACAGCUGCCUUAUAUGGAUCAGUCAAUGUAUGAGUCCUAUAGGAAAAUGUUUUGGCAGAUGGUCUGAACGUGAAUUUUGACUAGAACGGCAUUAAAAUAAAGGUACUUACCAGGCUGAAAACAUUUAAAAGAAUCACUUCUGGUACGAUCCAACUAUAUGCACUCGUACAGUUUUAUAUUUUAUUAGGUAUAAAUAACAUGUCUGUCAGUGUAUUGACUUUUUAACAAAUGUGUGACCUAGUACUUUCUUUUUCAUUAUUUGGAAAUACUGAAAUGAACUAUGUGACAAAGAGGAAAUAACACAUACGCGGUAAUGGUAGUUUUAUCUCGCAAAAAGCAAUGUCUUUUCCAAAUGAUUGUGUAACGGAGUAUCGGUUCACACUUCCGUCAGAAGAAAUACAUUUAAACAAGUUUAUACUCUAAAUAUCCUGACAUUGUAACCCUCAACCAGCGAGUACACAGCCUACAGGUGCUUCCAGACAAUUUCAUGAACGGUGCACUGAUUUCACCCCCUACCUGAGAGGUAAGCGCUGCUUGGUUUGUUAGCCAUUACUUGUACAGUUUAUAUUUUACGGUGGUUUUAAAUCCUAUAAUGGUCACAAUGGUAUUGUUUUAAAAUACUCAUUUAUUAAUAUUACUUGAAAAUAAUAUAUUUUAAUUAUAGAGCCCUACAUGUCAGUAUGCUUGUGUUUUGCAGACUUCUUUUUACACUCCGAAUGUAUGUUAUUUAUGCGGUCUGUGCAUUAAAUCGAAAUUUCUCAGCUCUGUUUAAUGCUGUUAAAUUGUCACCUGUGAAUUGUCAUUAACUUUAUAAAUAUUUCUGUGUUAUGUGUUCUUUGGGUUUAUAUACUUGACUCUUUUAUGUUAUUGUUUAAAACUAUGCCUGUAUGUUUUAUGAUUUUAACCAUAAGCGCAAAGUAAUUUGAUUUUUUUUACGCAAAAAAUUGGACCCGAAAUAAUUGAUUUGAUAAACAAAAAGAUCUGUAUUGCCAUGUCGCCACGCGCCACUUCCUAUUGACAUUCCAGUUCCGUAUUACAUGGCUUUAAAUGCAAAUAUCGAGUCUACAGGAUUAGUGUCUUUGCUGUUAGGUAAUUCUCAGAACAUGACACUAGAGGGUGAACUCGCACCGUUUUUACACGACAGGCAUUCUUCCGUCGCUAAGCUUCCCUGUCUGUACGACUUCAAAUAGUUCCUGUAAAAUAAAUUGCUGUGUAACUACAUUUAAAAGUAAAAGUACGGGGAGAGGUUUAAAUAAUGGGAAAAUUAUAGUAUAAUUAACUUCUGGCUAAUAAAAAUGAGUAUGUUCUAUGUGAAUUACCAGUUUUUGGUAAUAGUUUAGUAUAGGGACUUGGGAUAUGUUGAUGGAACCAGGAAGCUGUGAGCUUGUCUUAGUCCUGGAAAAGCCGGCACGUGAAUCUGGGUCUGUGUGUAGUACGUAGCCACUAGACCCCCCAGGACACAUUGGACAUGCUGGGGCUCCAAUCCAACAUGUUGAAAGUUCAUUUUUCUUGCCAGGGAUUUCCAAUUGUUUCCGCCACAUCUGCAGUAAUCAUGAAAAUGGAGUCGUUUUUUAAUGCUUGUACAACCGAGAAAUAGUUGGAUGUUUUCACAGUCUCCAGGAGGGAAGAAAAAUAAGCAGAGAAAACCUGAUUGUGAAACUAAAAAAUGUUUGAAAAAUGCCUUUACUUGUAUGAGACUUGACUGCCUAUAGGGUGUAUGAGUUAGCGAACAAAAGCAAGCAAACAACAGCCUGCCCAAAUGCAAAGAAAAUGUUUUGUAAAAACAUACACGGCCAGAAGCACAGGGCAGACUGUCUUGCGUGAUUAGCACUGACAUUGUGUUAUGACCUUUUAAUGAACAAAAAGAAAAGAAUAAAAUUAAGCAAGGAAAAA